UUUGGCUGUGAGUGCUAACUGCUAAUACAACUAAUUUUGAGGCACACACUUGAAGACCACCUUUAUCAUUGUGUUCCAUCAAAUGUGUCGAAAAUGCUGCAAAACGCCGCAAUAAACUUGCGGAAAAUCUCUUACUAUUCAUCUUCAUUUUCCUACCUAAUAUGCUAUGGUGUUAACACAUCAUUCUUCUCCAUUUCACCCUCAUUAGAUCCAAAUAUUUCUAAUUAUCACUCAUUUGGACCAGUAAUUAGUACUAAAUCAAAUAGCAACAGCAACAAUAACAAUAUUACUUACCCUUUUUCAAGAACUAAUCUUUCAGUUAAACCCAAUUGGAUUUCAUCUCCGGCAGAUUAUGCAUCACUUUUAAAAUCUUGUAUUUCUCGCAGAGCUAUUGAACCUGGUAAACAAAUUCAUGCCCACAUUGUCUUACUUGGGCUAUCUUCAAAUGUGGGUUUGGCUACAAAACUUGUUGAUCUAUAUUGUAAUUGUAAUGCUUUGGCCUAUGCACACAAGCUGUUCGAUAAAAUGCCAAAGAGUAAUCUGUUUCUUUGGAAUGUUUUAAUUCGUGGGUAUGCUUGGGAUGGACCUUAUGAUGUUUCUAUUUCACUUUACUAUUUAUUGCUUGAUCAUGGGCUUGUGCCUGAUAACUUCACAUUCCCUUUUGUACUUAAGGCUUGCUCUGCACUUUCAGCUGUUAAAGAUGGGAGAGAAAUUCAUGAGCAUGUUAUUCGCACCGGUUGGGAGAAUGAUGUAUUUGUGGGAGCUGCACUUAUUGAUAUGUAUGCUAAAUGUGGUUCUGUAGAGAGUGCAAGGGGUGUUUUUGAUAAGAUUGUGAACAGAGAUGUUGUUUUAUGGAAUUCUAUGCUUGCUGCUUAUGCUCAAAACGGACAUCCCGAAGAUGCUCUUACUUUGUGUAGUCGGAUGGUUUUUGCUAAUCAGAGGCCUACUGUUGCUACACUAGUUACAGUUAUUUCGGCGUCCGCUGAUAUUGCUGCUCUUCCUCAGGGGAGGGAGAUUCAUGGGUUUAGUUGGCGGCAAGGGUUUUCGUCUCAAGAUAAGGUAAAAACCGCGCUUGUUGAUCUGUACGCAAAAUGUGGAUCGGUAAGAGUGGCAAGUAGAAUGUUUAAGAGGCUUAAAGAGAAAAGGGUUGUAUCAUGGAAUGCUAUCAUUACUGGAUAUGCUAUGCAUGGUUAUUCUAUUGAUACAAUUGAUUUAUUUGAGGAUAUGAUCGGACAAGGUUAUUUGCCUGAUCAUAUUACCUUUGUUGGGGUACUUUCAGCUUGUCGUCAUGGUCGGUUACUGGAUGAAGGAUGGAAAUAUUUUAACCUAAUGACUGAAGAAUAUCAUAUUAAUCCCACUGUGCAACAUUAUACAUGUAUGGUUGAUCUUCUUGGCCAUACAGGUCGACUAAACGAGGCUCUUAAUCUCAUAAAACAAAUGAAGGUUAAGCCCGAUGCUGUUGUAUGGGGUUCGUUGCUAAAUGCAUGUAAGAAACAUGGAAAUGUUGAAUUGGGUGAAUUAGCAUUGGAGAAACUCAUUGAGCUUGAACCUAAUGAUUCCGGGAAUUAUGUGAUUUUGUCGAAUAUAUAUGCACAAGCGGGGCAAUGGGAUGGCGUUGCACGGAUGAGAAGAUUGAUGCUUGAUAAAGGAAUCAAGAAAAGUGUAGCUUGUAGCUGGAUUGAAGUGAAAAAUGAAGUUCAUGCGUUCCUCUCCGGAGACACUGCACAUCCCAUGUCUGAUGCUAUAUAUGCCGAGUUAGAGAGGGUAACAGGACUGGUAACAGAAGCUGGAUAUGUUCCGACUACUGGGACAGUGUUUCACGAUGUUGAAGAUGAUGAAAAGACGGGCAUGGUUUGCAGUCAUAGUGAAAGGCUAGCAAUAGCUUUUGGACUUGUUAGCACUCAACCGGGCAGUAGGCUUCUCAUCACGAAGAAUCUCCGAGCUUGCGAGGAUUGUCAUGUUUUCAUUAAAUUUGUCUCGAAAGUGACACAAAGGGAAAUUACUGUUAGAGAUGUCAAUCGCUAUCAUCAUGUCAAAGGCGGUGUUUGUUCUUGUGGUGAUCAGUGGUGAUCGGAGAUGUCAAUCAUUAUCUUCACACUCAUUGCUGUAGAAAGCACCACAUUCUGCCUCAACGAGUUUUUUUGGAAUGCACCAAGUUUAGGAACUGGAUUCAUGAAUCAGGUGGCAAAGCAAUGAGUACAACAGCUUUGGUGACCGACAAUCUGGUUCCCGGGAACCACACGCUCGACUCUGCUAGCAAUCGCAGCCUCUGGAUCAGUUUACGAUUGCUCAAUAGAAUGGGAAGCAGAACCUUCCCAUUAAUCUGAUUCCAGACAUAUUCUGCUUCUAAAGUUCAUUGUCAUUUGCUAACACGAUUUGCAGCCUCGCGUUGUAAGAGCUCACCUACAUGUUUAGCAGCGGAGGCUCAAGCGUGAAUAAUGAUCCAUUUGGAGAUAACAAAUAUUCGUCUUGACUAGCAUCUGAGGGGCGCCCGUUAGCUUUUGCAUUGAUGUUGGUGAAUUUACGUUAUAUUUUAGUAAAAAUAAGAAGUCAUUUAAAUCUUACGUGAAUAAUAUUAUAAAAUUUUUAUACCAUCAAAAAUAUUUUAA